AUGAGAGGUAGCGGUGCCAGUGGAGCUGCGGGUGCGGGCAAAUGGCACAAAGGGGGAUUUCAGAACAAGAUGGAUAAGAAGGAGGCGGCGCUCGUCUUGGGCUUGAGAGAGACAGCGCUGACUAGGGCGAGGGUGAAAGAGGCGCACAGGCGAAUGAUGAUCGCAAAUCAUCCGGAUCGUGGAGGAAGUCCUUUUAUCGCGAGCAAAGUAAACGAGGCAAAGGUGCGCAUUCUCCCAACGCAAAAGAAUUGUCAAGUCAUACUGCCAUGCGCGAGUAGAUUUGGAAGCUGA